UCAGUUCAAAUUUUUCCUUGUAUGGGUUUAUCUAAAAGUUUUGUCACCACACUCUAGGGGUGAAGCUUUCAGCAAGCACUUCAAUGGCGUUACUUACCAGUCCUUCCUUCCUCUCACCUUGCUCCAUUCGCAGAUUCAGACCUCUAUUUCUCUUUCCUCAUCGCUUUAUCUUUAGAGUCUCUUCUCUUCAUUUAAGGCCUCGCCCUUUCUCCGUGUCAGCUUCGCUGAAUGGCGUAUUUAUUUCUCCGCAGGAAGCCAAAUCGUUUGACUUUGAUAUGGAGGAGCGCAUUUACAGUUGGUGGGAAUCUCAAGGAUAUUUCAAACCAAACCUGGAUCGUGGAGGUGAAUCUUUUGUUAUUCCGAUGCCUCCACCUAAUGUUACUGGGUCAUUGCAUAUGGGGCAUGCAAUGUUUGUAACACUUGAGGAUGUUAUGGUUAGAUACCAUCGCAUGAAGGGAAGACCUACACUUUGGAUUCCUGGCACUGAUCAUGCGGGCAUUGCUACUCAGUUGGUUGUGGAAAAAAUGCUUGCUUCAGAAGGUAUAAAAAGAGCUGACUUAAGCAGAGACGAGUUUGUUAAUCAUGUUUGGAAGUGGAAGGAAAAGUAUGGUGGAACCAUUACAAAUCAAAUCAAGAGACUUGGAGCUUCUUGUGAUUGGACACGAGAGCAUUUUACACUUGAUGAGAGACUAAGUCGGGCUGUGAUUGAAGCUUUUGUAAGGCUCCAUGAGAAAGGCCUUAUAUACCAAGGUUCAUACAUGGUGAAUUGGUCUCCUAAUCUCCAAACAGCUGUUUCAGACUUGGAAGUAGAGUAUUCUGAAGAACCUGGAUAUCUCUAUCAUAUUAAGUACCGUGUGGCUGGAGGUUCAAGGGAUGACUAUCUGACAAUUGCAACAACAAGGCCAGAAACUCUAUUUGGCGAUACAGCUAUUGCAGUGAAUCCUGAGGAUGAAAGGUAUGCAAAAUAUAUAGGUUGUCAGGCAAUUGUCCCUAUGACAUGUGGUCGUCAUGUCCCAAUCAUUGCAGAUAAGCUAGUUGAUAGAGAAUUUGGGACUGGUGUCCUGAAGAUAAGCCCAGGGCAUGAUCACAAUGAUUAUCUACUCGCUAGAAAGAUUGGUCUUCCAAUACUUAAUGUUAUGAACAAAGAUGGAACGUUGAAUGAAGUUGCUGGACUAUAUUCUGGCCUUGAUCGUUUUGAGGCGAGGGAAAAGCUUUGGGAGGAUCUUACAGAAAGUGGCCUAGCUUUGAAAAAGGAACCCCACACCUUACGAGUUCCUAGGUCUCAAAGAGGUGGAGAAAUAAUUGAGCCACUUGUUAGCAAGCAAUGGUUUGUAACUAUGGAGCCACUAGCAGAAAAAGCUCUUCAUGCUGUUGAAACAGGAGAUCUGACCAUCAUGCCUGAUAGAUUUCAGAAGAUAUAUAAUCAUUGGCUAUCAAAUAUAAAGGAUUGGUGUAUAAGUCGGCAAUUGUGGUGGGGACACCGCAUACCAGUUUGGUAUAUCGUCGGAAAAGAUUCUGAAGAAGAAUAUAUAGUUGCGAGGAAUACAGAGGAGGCACUUGAUAUUGCUCAGAAAAAGUAUGGAAAAGAUGCCGAAAUAUAUCAGGAUCCAGAUGUUCUAGAUACUUGGUUUUCAAGUGCUUUAUGGCCUUUCAGCACACUGGGAUGGCCUGAUGUAUCAGAUGAGGAUUUUAAAAGGUUUUAUCCAACAACAAUGCUUGAAACAGGGCAUGACAUACUCUUCUUUUGGGUGGCAAGAAUGGUUAUGAUGGGAAUUGAGUUUACAGGAAAUGUACCUUUUCGUUAUGUGUACUUACAUGGCCUGAUUCGAGACUCUCAAGGGAGAAAGAUGUCUAAAACACUGGGAAAUGUAAUUGAUCCAGUUGACACGAUCAAAGAGUUUGGAACUGAUGCAUUACGAUUUGCACUUGCAUUGGGAACUGCUGGUCAGGACCUUAAUUUGUCUACCGAAAGAUUGAGUGCAAACAAGGCUUUUACAAACAAACUGUGGAAUGCUGGAAAGUUUAUCCUGCAAAAUUUGCCAAACGAAAGUGAUCUUAUUGCUUGGAAAACUGUGCGUGCUUAUGAGUUUGAUAAAGAAGAGUCUUUGCUCAAGUUGCGGUUGCCAGAGAAUUGGGUGGUUUCAAAGCUUCAUAUGCUCAUUGACACAGUAACUUCAAGUUACGACAAAUUCUACUUUGGAGAUGUUGCACGAGAAGCUUAUGAUUUCUUUUGGGGAGAUUUUGCUGAUUGGUACAUAGAAGCUAGUAAAGCUCGCCUCUAUCAGUCCGUAGAUAACUCUUUAAGCUGUGCAGCGCAAGCAGUGCUUUUGUAUGUUUUUGAGAACAUAUUGAAAAUUCUGCAUCCCUUCAUGCCCUUCGUCACUGAGGCACUUUGGCAGGCAAUACCCAACCAGAAAGAGCCUCUUAUCAUAUCUUCGUGGCCUAGUACUUCACUUCCUUCACAUUCAAACAUGAUAAAAAGAUUCGAGAAUUUUCAGGCUUUGACAAGGGCUAUUCGUAAUGUGCGAGCAGAGUACUCUGUUGAGCCUGUAAAACGGAUUUCUGCAACUAUUGUUGCGAACCUCGAUGUUAUUGAAUACAUCUCUGAAGAAAAAGAAGUUCUAGCUCUUCUCUCCAAGUUGGACUUGCAAGCUUUGAAUUUUGCAGAAUCUGUUCCAGAAGAUGCAAAUCAGUCAGUUCACCUUGUUGCUAGUGAAGGUCUAGAAGCAUAUCUUCCUCUUGCUGAUAUGGUAGAUGUCUCCGCUGAAAUGCAGCGGCUUGAGAAGCGUCUUGUUAAGAUGGAAGGCGAGUAUAAAGGGAUUAGAGCUCGCCUUGAUUCUCCAAAGUUUUUGGAGAAAGCUCCGCAAGAAAUAGUCUCUGCCACUCAAGAAAAGGCUGAUGAAAUGGAAGAGAAGAUAAAUCUGACCAAAAAUCGUAUAGCAUUCCUCAAAUCAACAGCAUUGAUGACACAAGCAGUGUAGUAUGAAUCUGAUGAUGUUUUGUUGGCGCCUAUGCGAAUAGAAAGCAUUUUGGAGUAUACUGGUCCUUUGUAUGAGUUCACACCAACACAUCAUGCAAUUUUGACUGAUGUACAUUUCUGUAUGGUAGUAUGCUGUUUAAACCUCAUUCUUAAUUCCUCAUUCUUUAUUGUGCACUAUUUUCAGCUAGUAUUCCUUUUGUGUUGUCAGAAUAGUAUGCCCUUUUGUAUUAGUUUUCCAAUUUGUAUGUUUGUUCAGAUAGAUAAAAUUAUAUCAUUGAUGAAAUUUUUUUUUAUCAUUGAUAAAAUAUUGGAGUAUUUGCUUCUUUAUCAUUAUAAAAUAAAAUAUUGGAGUA